CCCGCUCCGCCCGCCGCGGCCUGCCCCAGAAGUGUCACGUAACAAAGUUUUCAUAUGAAAACAGAAAAUGGCUUCAAGAGGAACAACAGAGACCAGUAAACUGAAACAGAACUUGGAAGAGCAGUUGGACAGGUUAAUGCAGCAGCUUCAAGAUCUGGAGGAAUGCAGAGAUGAGCUAGAUGCAGAUGAGUAUGAAGAGACCAAAAAAGAAACUCUAGAACAGCUGAGUGAGAUCAAUGACUCGCUGAAGAAGAUCAUGUCUGGAGAUAUGACUUUGGUGGAUGAGCUCAGUGGAAUGCAACUGGCAAUACAAGCAGCCAUCAGCCAAGCAUUUAAAACUCCAGAAGUAAUUAGAAUGUUUGCAAAGAAACAACCAAGGCAAUUGAGGACAAGGUUGGCAGAGAUGGACCGAGACUUAAUGGUUGGGAAGUUGGCACGAGACCUCUAUACACAGCAGAAAGUGGAAAUCCUGACUGCCCUCAGAAAGCUUGGUGAGAAGCUCACCCCCGAUGAUGAGAUGUUCUUGUCAGCAAAUGCUGGUACAGCCCUGAGCCAGUUUGAGAGAGUCUCCACUGACCUUGGAUCAGGAGACAAAGUCUUUGCUCUAGCAAGUUUUGAAGUAGAAAAGGCAAAACAAUGAAGAGGUGCGUGAGGCUUGUGUCUCUCCAGUUAACAGCAACAAUGGACUUCUGACAUACUGCAUUUGGUUUUUCUAUUUUUAAUAUGUUAGGGGGUGGGGGGGGAAGCAAAACAAAAAAACCCCGAAUGCUAAAAGCCCUAAAACCCAAAACCUCUUGGGUUCUUAACCAGAAGAUAUGAAGUAAACAUCCUUAAGUGCACUUUGGAACCUUGGUGUCUGUACCCCUUAGUAACAUAAGCUCUGAGGCUGAACACUAAGUGGUGCUCUAAAAACAAAAGCAUGGUAUGACUGUCUUUGGAAAGAAU